UGGGUUGAAAUCCUGAAGAAUGUCACAAAUUCUGUGCUUUGGAUCCUCAGAUUCCCGGCCGCGGGCGAAGCGAACAUCCUAGCGGCAGCAUCGGAAUUGGGCCUUCAGAAUCCGCACAGACGCAUUAUAUUCAGCAAUGUUGCACCGAAAGAGGAGCACGUCAGACGCGGACAGGUGGCCGAUGUCUGCUUGGAUACGCCGCUCUGCAACGGUCACACCACAGGUAUGGACGUCCUAUGGGCAGGCUGUCCUGUUGUGACUCUGCCGUUGGAAACCCUUGCCAGCCGAGUAGCCGCUAGCCAAUUACAUUGUCUUGGUUGUCCGGAGUUGGUGGCGAAGUCUAGCGAGGAUUAUGUUCGAAUUGCCACUAAGCUAGGCACUAACCACGAAUACCUGCAGGCCAUGAGAGCAAAGGUUUGGAAGCUCCGGGAGACGUCCGUCUUGUUUAACUGCCGAAGUUAUGCUGCGGACUUAGAGGCACUGUACGCGCGCAUGUGGUCCCAGUACGAGUCCGGACUUCCUUUUGACCAUAUAACCGAUUGGUCCAAUCGGUCCAAAGAAUAG